AUGACUGACUUGAGUUCCAGCAGCGUCUUUCAGAUAAAAGAACAGUCCAAGAACUCCCUAAACGGAAUUCCUCAUCAACACUUUGAUGACAUCUUCCUUGCGACUUUUUGCCGCCAAGUAGUACGGCGACUCGGGCAUUGGGUAGAAGGAGAUGAAGAAAGCGAUUGGCAAGACAGCACAAGCGAUACAAUAAUUCGUGUACGAGACAAACGGACCAAUACUGUAAGCCCACAGUAGACCUAAGGUGAUAAAUAUUUGGAAAAAUGAACCGAGUAUUCCUCGGAUUGAAGGUUCCGCGAUUUCGCCGCAGUAAACUGGUAUUACUCCAAAUGGUAUAGCAAUCGCUAGACCUCCAAUAAAUCUGGCCGCAUACAAGGCUUCAAUACUUUUUGCUGUGAAAACAAGCCCCCAGCUUAUUGCCAUAGACAAGUAUCCUGGGAAGAAACAUCCCACCAGAGUACCCACCGGAGACAAUGCUCCAAUCCAGGACGCUUCUUCGUCAGUAACUGGUCGAUCAAGCGGGUUUUCUUCUUCCACUGGGUCACUUUGGAGCAUCAGCAAAAUUGGACUCGACCAAACCAUUAUCGCACCGCCUCCCAUCACACAUAAAUUCGC